UCGCUGUAGUUGUGCUGUCUAGUUGCAGACGAAGCAACUGUUGAUCAGUAUUUUGGUUUUUACAUUUUAGAAAUGGAAUUUCCAGAAAACAUUCCGGGAUGCAUAUUAGACGAAAUUGCUCUAGAAGGACUCGAAGGACUGACUAUUUCCACACUGUGGAUCCGAUUAACUAAGCGAAAGAAUUUCCCCAUUGCCUUAGAUGAUCAAUCUAAACGCUUCAUCUGGAAAAUUAUUUGUAAAAAUGAUGCUGUUGAAAUGUUCAAGUUGGCGGUUCCCAGGCCUUUAUUGAUAGACUAUAAUCGAUAUGACAACCUGGAUCCAGAACUUGAAAUCAUUUGUGAACCUGAAACUCUUCCUGAAGACAUUUAUCCUGUUGCCGCUGUUGAGGACAAAGUAAAUGGAAUACGAGGAUCAUGUGCCACAUACAACACAAGGAAAAAUAUCACUCCAGAAGCAAAAACUCUUAGUUUGGAAGAAUCAGUCUCAAAAUAUGGUGAACAGCUUGUUUUAGUGGCUUGCCAAGCAGCAAGAAAUGUUGCCUUGGCUGGAGUUCAAACUGGUGUUUUGGAAACUCUUGCAAUUAACUCCUACAUCAUGCUAGAAAGAAUUGGUAGGUCAAGGGAACAUGGAGAUGUAACUCAGGGGAGAUAUGGUCUCAGCCGAUUGAAUAUUCCACCAAAAUCUGCCUUUUACUUCAGAAAGAGGUUGUUAGCAGAUGGUCUCAUUGUGAAACAGCCUAUUUCAAUGAGAGUCAGCAAUCGAAAUGUACUUGGAACACUUCUUCAUUUAUCACGAUUCUACAGCCUAAGACUACCCAAAUUACUUUAUUUGAUCAAGCGUCUCAUACAGAUUCUAAAGGAUUCUCCUCCUCAUUAUAUGCUUGAUUAUCCAACGAUAAGAACCAAGCUAAGCACUUCUCUUCAGCUUAAAAAAAUUCUUGCGGCAAGUGAAAUGCGACAAUAUGCAGUAGUGGAAUCAGUACCUUAUCGAUUUUAUUUCCCGGACGCUACGAUAAAGGAUUGGAAAAUGCGGAAUUGUGACAAUGAAAAACAAGUAAAAGUUGUCCGGCUAAUCGAUCCAAGCAUCGAUCCUGAGGCUCUAUUUCAAGGGGAUGAAGCUCCUCCAGAUGACGGGUCUCUUUACAGCGAAGGUGAAGAAGAAAGUUCGUCUUCUGGAAUUUUGUCGAAUGCCGUCAUCCAACGACACCAUCAUUCGAUUGUACAACAAGCUUAUGCAUUCGUGGAAGCAAGUGGAUCCGAAGGAUUGACACAAGGAGCUUUAGCUGAGCAACUUGGCCUCAGUCAGCUUGAUGCACGUUCAACUAUCCGUGUACUGUCUCGUCUUAUGAUGGUACACUGUGUUGUAAAGGAAGUGAAGAAAAAUCGUGUUUUUUUGUAUGUUUCGAAAAAUCAUUUUGGUGCCAAUGCUAUCAGAGCACAGUUCGAACAAGAGCAGCAAAAAAUUAAAGGACUAAUGCAAGUCGGCAAUGAAUCUGUUACCGAUUACAAUCAAACAACAACUUCAACCCCAUCCUUAGCAUCGUCUACAAAUGUACAAUUGGAGAAAGAUGUCACUUUGAGGGAAGAAGAGGUCGCGGAGGAUGAUGGACUAUUUCGACCAAACGUCCCACGAGGAAUUUUAGCUGAAGGCGAAACAAUUUCCGAUUUAACACAUCGUAGCCUAAGACGAGUAAAUAUUAUUCUGGAAGCCAUUCGCCAGCAUUUGGUGAUAGAAGAGAUUGGUGUUUUACUUAGGCUAGUUACAGCUGAAGAGGCUAAAGAAGGUGUUGAUGCUCGAAUGGACAGACGAUCUCUAAAACGAUUGCUAGCCCGCUUAUCAAAUGAAGGGCAGCUGAAGAAUAUGCGAAUAGUUCUUCGGUGUGGCGAUCGUGAGCGUGCUCUCAAUUUCAUCUGCCAACCUGGUGUUGAUCAAAACAACAGUGUUAUUCGUUCGGCAAUCGACCAAGCCAAGAUGAAACUUUUUUGUUUAUCUAAACAUAAAUAUAGUCGUUCGACUUCUGCGAAACCUGAAAAGUCCCAAUUGAAGAAUGAAAAACUGGAAUUUAAUGAUACGUCAGUUCAGUUGGAUCCAUCUCUGUGUGACAGUGUCAAACAGGUCAAAGAACAAUUGCUUAAAGGCCAAGGCCAAGGAACGAAAAGUUUUCCUUUCAAAGUUGUUCACGCCACCAACAGUGGACGAGUGUACGGCACUGAGCCUAAGUGCAUCCGCGUGAAAGAAAUCCAUACCCUCUUAUAUUAUCUCGUGUAUGGAUACGAUGGUGAAUUGUUCAGUGAUCAAGCUCAGGCGAGGGAAGCGCUCAGAAAUGAAAACCCCAUUCUUGAGGGCGUAGACGAUGAAGCAUUUGAAAAUCUUCCAGAUAUUUACAAGACUAAAUUAGGUUGGCAGACGUUCAUCGAACCUCUGCCGGCACACAGCGGAUGGCCUUCCGGAUGGUCUUUUCUUUGCGACAUACUUUUACGAUUACCUCUUUCAAUUUUCCUGAAAGUGGUUAACAUCACCUAUCAAAUUGAGGGGCUCGAAACCUAUCUCAAACAUCCGAUUAAACAAUACGUGCUACUUAAACACCUACCAAUGGAUAUACGGCAAGGUCUUAUUUAUGCUCGGAAGUAUAUUUUUAGUGUCCACGAAAUCAUCACAAAUAUGGUUUAUCUCGGACUUGCGCAAUUUGGUCCACAUAGCCUUAAGGAAAAAGAUCAAGUCUUCAUUUACUUGAACCGGAAAACCACUAUAAUGGAUACAACUACCUCUAACCCUGGAUAUCAUCAUAUUACACGUGACAUGGAAUAUGAGAAGAAAACUUUUAUUUUUGAAUCUAUGGAAGACGUGGAAAAAUACUGGUACGAAGUUUGGACCAUUUGUUCCAACACUCUGUUAGGCAGUGUCAGCACGGUAGCCGGGCAAAGCAUAACUCUAGAAAUGUUAAGAAAGAAACCCGCCAUGAUUGAAGCAAUGCGAAUGCGUGAGCCACACGAAGCGCCGCUUUUAGAUACAGGAGAAGUCCCUGGCGAUCAUCUGGGCGCUGCAGGGUUUGAUUCUGCCUUUUUCGCACACUUGAAAAGAAACUGGACAUACAACAAGGCGACGACGAUGAUCAACAGGUUGGAAUUGCAAGUCAAGAAAACAGGAACUGGAGGUAAAGCAGACAAAUCACCGCAAACGAAAACUUCCAACCUAGCCGCCGCUCCGGGCCGCCUUGCCAGUUUAAGAGACAACGCUAUUCGAUUUACUCAGUGCACCACGCAAGAUGGAACAAAUUUAACAAUUCCCGUAACAUUGGUGGACAACGCAAAUCCUACCAGAGGUCAAAAAAGAAAGCGACAUGAUAGUAAAAAAUCUUCUCCGACUGUCGGUUGGUCAAAAGUUGGUCCGAAGAAGACAAGAGUCUCCACCAAACCUGCGUCAAAGACCAGAGUAGUCAAACCUCGUAAGCAAAAGGGUCCACGACGGCCUUAUUACGAUGAAAAGGACAGGCAAGCUUUGCUUCUGAUGCGUCGAUUACGAGUAACGUGGUCAGCCAUGGAGGACAGCUUCCUUCUCAUGUGUAAAGUCGCUGGUACAUACAUCCACGGAAGUUUACGCCAUAGCGUACCCUUCAUUGUUGUACGUGAUUGUCUCCAUGAAACUUACCCAGAAUCUCGGAAUAAGACCUCACGGGCUUGCCAACGCCGAGUAGCUUACAUGAUGCGAAACCCCACCACAGAGUACCAAGUCGUAAACGCUUAUCAAGAACUUGAGCAGGAUCCCGAAAUUGAGGCGGUUUCAGGUGGAGGACCAAUAACUAAGGAGGAUCGAAAACAUGGGGUCGAAAAGACGGAGGAACUGAUCGUUACCAGAUUUCGAAAGCUGCUUGAGUACUUGAAACCCCGCUAUUCACAAGGAGGAAAUUCUAGUGCUAUACCUGGCCUAAAACUGCCUGAUACUAUUGAAGAAUUCCACCAGCAGUAUGAGUUGACGUACUCGCUUGCAAAUCUGCGACACCGUCGACCUAUUUUGGAAGUAAACAACGUGGUGGACGUAAACUGCAAUGUGGUCUACAACGUUAUUCACAGUUCAAUGUGCACGACGGAAGACAAAACAGCUUGGGGCUUUCACCUUUUCAACAUUUAUCAACAGUAUCCUGAUAAUCUGGUCCGCUCAACUCUUGCCAAAAUGAAAAAUGAUAUGAUGAUCGCACAGCGAAAACGCUCUCUAGUCAGGAAUAAGAAGUUUUCUGAGAUGCCAUUGAGUGCAGUUCCAUAUAAGUUAUCAAUUACAUACAUCCAUCUUUUCCUCUCGCGAUACCAGUACCCAGUUUUCCAUCGUUCCUACCAGCGUCUACGUUCCAUUAUAGCUGAAAAGGAAAAAGUUCCUCAAGACAACCAAGAAGACUGGUCCGGAGUUGAAGUCAGCCGCAUUCACGAGGGGGGAAAUGCUGCUAUGGUAGUCUCACUUUUUGCUAUUGGCAUGGCUCGAUUUCGCUUUACCAUUCCAGAACAAAUCAUUAUCUUUGAUCCUAAACUGAAGGACCAUCCUGAAGAGUUCGAUAAUCUGAUUAAACGUUACAACAACUGGGUCAAAGAUGUCGACGCUGCAGCCCAAAACGCAAGCAAAGAAGAUCGAGCACAAAUACAACGGCGUCGAUUAGGCAUGACUUCAGCCGCCGCAUCCAAUGCAGUUGCCGCAAUCCCAAAACUAAUGAGUACAACAAUGAUUAUGGACAAUGAAGAAUCUAACCAAGCUCCGACUGGCACUAGAGGAAGCAGUGAAAGCGUAUCUACCUUAAGCAUGGACAGAACCCAAAAUCAGUUGAUAAUGCGGACCGCCUCGCGAAUUGGUCUUCACAUGCUACGCGAAGAUAUGACGCAGGAUUCUCAAUUACCUGGUCAGUCGGCGCCGCACAUCCAGCAGGAACAUUUCGUCAUUAACUCUUGCAAAGUAUUCGUCGACGUGAUUUUACCGGAAUCUGAGCAUGAGGGUUGGCUGUUCAUAAGUCCUAAGAAGAAGCAAGAGAUUAUUGAUUCCAUUCCUACCACCGUUCCUUUCGCCGAUACUGUUUCGGAGCAAUCAUUUUUGGAUCUGUAUGAUCAACAUAAGCUCAGCCAAUCCGUAAAACAAGAUGCCAUCAGAGUAUUGCAGUUGAUUACGAGUAAGAAAGAAAUGGGCAUCGUAGUUUCAGAACUGCCAUAUAUAGUAGGAAGCCUCAGCGAUUCAUCGUGCACGUUGGACCAACACAUCUCUUUCAUGGUGGACAGUCGUGUUAUACAAAAAGUCGGCGUUGUAGCCCAGCGGUUUGUUGCAAUUCAGCAUAUCGAUCCAUGGGUUAUUAAAUCAUUUCGGUUGCUGAGAAGUGGAAAAGAAAAACUGGAGCCGUUUAACAGCGCCCACAUGGUAGCCAAGCAAAAUGAUGAUAAAUCUGAACCAAAGGCUCAAACAGAAGAAGUGAAAAUCUCAGUGUCGGAAGAAAUCAGCAAAGAAGAAACAAGUUCGAUGCCAGCUGAAACUAAAGGAAACGCAGGAGAGUCCCAACAGCAAAGCCAAAUGGAAGAGGAAAUGGAAACUUGCCAACCAGGAGAAAGUCGAGAUGAAGGAACAACAUCAGUUAUUCCAGCUGGCACCGUUUCAGAAUCUGCGAAUGAGGUAGUCCCUGGCCGUCGAAAGCGAACGCUCCCGUCUUUUCAUCAUUCUUCCAAGAAAUCACGCACGGUUGAUAGCCUAGGAUCAAAUGAUCGCGUCGACCUUUUAGUAAUGGUCAAACCGUGGGUCAAAAUCGACGGAGGCCUCAAUCGACGUGUUCUAGAUCGCUUGCUUGGAGGUCUACUUUCUCAUGUGCUUUUAAAACCUGGAUCCAACAUGGGACAGUUGGCCGAGCGUUUCCAUCCAGCACUACAGCCGUUUCAGACUAGAGAACUGUUGGAGCUAUUGGAAAAAAUUGGAUGCGUGGAAUUCUAUGGCAUCAGGAAGACGGGCAAAGCGGGACUGUUCGCUGCACGCACCACACUCGAAAUCGUUCCUCUCGAUAGAUUUGCAAGGGAUCAAGACAUCUAUGUUGACCCGAAGAGUGAAGCCAUUCUUCGACUGGGUGAAUUCAUCGGCGAAAAAAAAUACGAGAAAGAUUACAUCCCCAAAUGCAGCUGUCACAACAACGUGGAGACCUAAAAGACAUUCUAGUUUAUCGAAUAAACAUUUGUUUAAAUGGUUAAUUUGAGAGGCAAGAGAAUCUCCGAAUGCAAGAAGAAUUCCAUGUAGUUUUUCUGUUCUUUUUCAUUUAUUUCCUCUAUUGGAUUUUCCUGUUGAAUAAACGCCAGUCAUUCGUCCCUCA